AUUACCGUAAACCGGGGAAGGACGCCGUUUGGAGGCGUUGUACGAGGUAGUAUUCUAGUAGUAUUCUAGGCUAGAUAGUUCGUUGAGAUAAUUGGCUUUCCAUCGGAGCCAGCACGUCCCUUGUGCUUCACCUCUCCUACUUACUGCUUAUACCCGACGAUCUCCGCGGCCAUGACGGUUGCCGUGCUGGCGAUGCGACUCCGACAGAAGAAUGAGACACCAACAACAGAUCUAAGGGCAUGGAGUUCUUCGAGAAUCAGGUCGGCGAGGUGCGAUUCCUAACCAAUCUCCCCGGCCCUCCGACAGCCGCCAACGUCGUACCCCCGAUUCCGCCGGGCAUCUCCUCUCCCACGGCCGCUGCAACGAGGGCGAAUACUGGCGAUGGAGAGCCUCUCGCUGCACCGCCAAAUAGCAACAGUGUCCCGCCGUCCGCGGUGCAGCAUACACAGUCGCGCCAGAACAUCGGCAAACCCGACAAGAAGACGGCAAAGAAAAAACAACCCCCCACCGCUACGCGUCAUGACACAAUAACGUCAUGCUCAACCCCAUCUGUGUCCGCUUCAACGCCCGGGGCGGCCACGCCGGCUACCGUCCUCGGCACAAAGCGGAAGACUCCCGGCGGUGAUGCCGAUGACGACGAGGAAGAAUUGCCGAACGCUCCCCGAUCUGGCCCUCAACAGAGAAGCAAACGCAACAGAUAUAUUUCGAUUGCUUGCAACGAAUGCAAGCGCCGCAAGAUCAAAUGCAAUGGAGAGACGCCCUGUGGCCGGUGUGGCCAUCUCAACUUGCAAUGCCUAUAUGCCCCGAACUGCUGUGCCAGCAGUGUCAAGGAUUCAGAUGAAUUCAAGCAGAUGGCCGCUCAGGUGAACCACCUGCAAGAGCAGGUCGACACUCUAUUCAGUAAUUUGAAUGCACUACGGGCCGAAACCUUACGAGCAGGCGGCCCUAUCUACCAACCUGAUCGUACCCUGUCUGGCCCCUCGGCUUCCAGCACGCCGACUUCGACCACCAUGACGGUACUGCCUCAACCCCGCCAACCUCCUUUUGCCUUCCGAGGAGUUACAAGUAACCGCUUUAGUCUCGAUGUUGCGAAAAAUACCUUACAUAAAAUGGGAUAUUCAUAUCCUAGUGAUAACGCUGAUGCAAACGGCCAGCCUCAUGAGACACCCGGCGGAUCCCCCAAAUUGGCACCUCAGAUGAUCCCAUCGGCUGAGAAUCAUACUGCAGAUGCGCUAUGGGAAUUUGACAAAGAUGAAAUGAUUCGUCUGUGUCGUAUAUACGAAGAGGAAGUCGGCAUCAUGUACCCUGUUCUUCGCAUUGACUCGAUCAUCGCUCACGCCAAAACGUUAGCUACGUGGAUGGCGGCGGCAAAGAAAAGUGGAUUUGCCGAUGGCCAAGAUGGCGGUAUCAAUGAUUCAAAUACUUUGCUACUCAAGAUUGUCCUGUGCGGUGGGUUACUUGUCGAAGGUCACGGAAAUAGUGUACAGGCUCAAAGGAUCUAUGCUGGCAUCAAACCUAUUGCAAAUAGGAUGCUGAUGAGUGAUCCGCCAAAUGUUCAGAAUUUGCCUUUCUUAGCUCUAGUUGCUGGAUACCAUUUCCUCUCUGCCGACGAAGUAUUGUGCUGGCGCGUUAUGGGCCAAGUUGUACGACUAUGCCUUGAAUUAGGCCUUCACAAACGUGAUGUCGUCGAGCAGAUCAAAGAUGAAGAGCAGCGUAACCUGGCUAUUAACACUUUCUGGAGCGCCUACGUCCUAGAUCGCCGGUGGGCAUUUUCUGCUGGUCUACCUUAUGUCAUGCCAGAUGAAGAGAUAGAUCCCGAUCUACCGUCUCCGUACCCAUUUCUCGUAAUGAUGAUAAGGUAUUCAAAACUUAGCGGGAAAGUAUGGCGCUGCGUCCGGCAUCUUGACUCGGAUGUAGCCAUGGACGCCCCAGUGGAUGAUAUCGAAGACUUGGAUCGACAGAUCAAGCAGUGGUAUAACGAAUUACCAAAAGAUGUGCAGUUGAAUCUUUCCGAUUGGGAGGAUUUGCCCCAGUAUCUAAGCCCUCCAGUAAAUUCUCAAAAGGAGUACGAUGUACAGCGCCUACAGAUUUGGACCUGGCUGCGAUACAAUCAGAUUCGGAUGUGGCUUCUCACCCCUAUUCUUCACACACAUAGUAGCAUCAUGGACAACUUGCGUCAUGCCGAGGUCGCCGUGAAGCUGGCCAAAAACACCAUCCGGUAUCUAGCGCAUCUCAAUAAUACUACGAAUGUCUACCGCCGGAUGCAGAUAUUCUAUCACCAAUUCUUGUCAUCGGCUAUUACCAUAUUAUUUGUGGCGUCCUGCCACGCGCCGGUGAAUUUCAGCUCGUCGUGCCGGGAUGAGUUCUACAUGGCCUUGGAACUCCUCAAAGACAUGUCUGCGAAAUCGUGGGUAUCGAAACGGCUCUGGGGCACGGUCAAAUCGUUACGGGAUGUGGCGCCUCGCCUCGGCCUCGCUGAGGAUCCACACUCGAGUGCCGCGCUGACCAUGGCCGGCUUAGCCACCGGUCACGGCCAAACGGGGCCGACCCCAUCGACGAGCUCUCCCUUCGCCCAUCCACUCAUGGUGGUGCCGCCAUCGCCGGGGUACGACGGAAUGCAGACUGGAAUACAGAUGUCGAGCGAGAUGUCGAGGAUAUUCGAAGGUGUCUCGGUUAAACAUAACCAGAUGCAUGAUGGCAUGGGACAUGCCGAACCGAACGCGGUUUGCACGACGGUCGCGCCUGGUGCGCCGGCUAUGGCAUAUGCAUCUCGGGGCACUGUCUAUCCACCGUUUAGAGAUGUAUUCUGACAGUUGCGUGAAGAGGUAUAUAAACAAACCAACUGGAAUAAAGAGUAAGGGGGAUAUUAUAACACAUCAGACGGGUGUCAAUGUUGAUAUGAUAUACCAAUGUACUUGUAAUUAUAAGCAAGCACAUAUCUCCGAACAUAUUACGGGCAAGUUCGUGGACUGUAAUGUCGCUAGGUGUGAGCUUUGCCACAGCAUUAAGCUC